AAGUCUUUUACUGUGUACAUUUCUAUAUAAUGUCGCCGCUAUGAUAACAAUGAGAUUUUUUGCCUCUAUUUUAGAAUGGUAUAAUGGAGACAGCUCAAAUCUUGCAAGAACUGCAAAACCGAGUCGACAAAAUCAAAUAUGAAAUUAUAACCACAGCGAACGAAGUGUCCUCAUUAUAUGUCGAUAAAACAUCUGUACCCGUAAGUUCUGUCGAGUCGCAACAUCAAAAAGGUAUAACAGAAUCUACACUAAUUGAAGAUAAACGAAUUCGGCCAUAUUCAGAAAACCAUGAAAAACAUGAUACAUCAAAAGACAUGUCUUCAAGUCUUUUAUCUGAAAUCAAUGAGAAUGUAUAUGCGUCAUUGACACAAACACUAAAUGAAGUGAAAAGUAUUGUCUCGAUACUAACAGACCAUGUAUCAACGUGGAAAAACAACUUUAAAUUGGUUUAUGUUGGACUUGCAGAUUAUCAAGAAAUAGACGAGAUUGCUUCCAGAUGCAGCCGAAUUGGGAGGAAUAUUCAUGACCUGCAUCAUGAAAUUCUUCCAUUAUUGUUCAAUAUCCAUGUAGACUGUGAAUGGUCUACGAAAGUACUAGACAUUUAUGAGCACAAGUUGGACAGUCUGAUUUAUGACUUCACUAAAAGCACAUUUCUUGUCACUGAACAGGACAGUUGUUUCAUCAGAAUGGACGGGGGAAAACAUCUUCCUGUUUUUACCGUCAGGAUACUAGCGGCAGAAAAUUUGCCGCCACGUUCCGAUAAGAUAGAGGCAAUGCUGCUGUCUGAACGAGACAUAAAUGAUACUUUUCAUAGCGACGACGAUGUGAAACUUUUUUCAAUGGAAGCGAAGGAGAGAGGUCUCUAUCUUGCAACAAACCAAAUCUAUUUCACACCCACAAAACACGCAUGCUUUAGAAAGUUGAAAAUAAAGGAUAAAAACCCUCCGGAAGAGUUCACCUCAGGCGAACAGCAGUACAAAAGGAAAUAUAGAACAGUUUUUACAACAACAUUCGCUGACAGGCGAUACUGGACGCUCUCUCUCCCAUUGACUUUGCUCCAUGAUUCAGUAGAAGAUCAAGAAUUUCUUGCCAGUACGUCCAUUAUGUGGCAAUGUUGUGGUACUGACGUGUUCAAGCUACCCUUGCAAUCGGAUACAGAAUUGCCAUGGACCAAGAUAGAGGAUAUUUUACAGGCAAAGUUCCUCAAGUUAUAUCCAUUGAAGCCACUUUCUGAUGGAAACAUACUUUAUUUGAAGGACAUGUUGUUUGGAAAAUGUCUUCACGUAGCAUGUACAACUGAUGUUCCGGAUUCACGGAUUGUUUCGUUUGAAGAAUUCUGUAUAAAUGAAACGGAAUCAACUUCUUCGACACAAACUUUCUGGAAAUGGGUUACAGAUGCAUACAACGUCAUUGAAAAAUAUCUAAUAGACUUUUGGAAGAAUGGUUUGAUACCUGGGUUUAUCAGCAAGGAAGAGGCUGAACUGUGGCUAAAAGACUACAACACCCUAAAGCAUGGGACCUUCAUUUUGCGAUUUUCUGACCAUCACUUGCCAAACAAUGGGAAUGUUCAAAAUGCAUAUGGGCAGCUCAAUGCAUAUGUAUUAACAAUCACAGAAAAAAAAGUGGUCAUAUCAUACUUGGCGUCAAGCGUAUAUAGGAAACUUGGCGGAUACUUGAAUGGAAAUGACAGUAAAACAGCUGAACCACGCUGGGUAUUUCUAAUCAAGCACAGUGAUUUACCUAUAAGCGAAAGUGACCAAAGACAUAUAGAGAAUGCAACCAAACCAGGUGUUAUAUUUCUGGAGAAACUGGAAAGACUUUUAUACAAGAUACCAGACCUUGAAAAUAUGCUCCGGGAGCAUGGAAUGCAUGACGGUCUUGAUAUAUUGCACCCAAGUGAAGAAAACGGUAUCUAUAAUGAAGAAAGCGUUCUAGCUAUAAGCGAGUAUGUAUUCAGAAAGAUCGGAAGAGCCCUCGAAGAGUUACAUGUCGUGCAAGUUCCAGAUGGUCAGUCUGAACCCUGCUGGAACUAUAUCAUUAAUAAUGAUAACACACUCAACAUAACGCGGAAAGACCAAAGGAAUAUAGGUAACAGUUUAAAGCCGGGCGAAAAAUUCCUCGAAAUCUUCAACAAUUGCAAACACACUUUGACAGACCUUAAGAACUUAUGCAAGACUUACAAAAUGCAAGGAAUCCUUGAUAUACUUGCAUCAACUCGAGAAGAAGGGGAUCUGUUAAAGACAUUAGUUGAUGUGCAUAUUGGCGGCGAAAGGGAAUUUCGAGAGCAGAAAUUGCUUGAUAUUUUGAACGAAAGGCGUUCACCGGAUGGCUGUCAAAUGCUAAGAUACCUCUAUCCGGGAGAAUACACAUUGGAUGACCUCUGCGAAAAAUAUACUUAGUGAUUGAUGAUAUGAAACAGGAAGAAAUGAGUAACACUAACAUUUUAAAGAAAAGCGUUUUGAAGAAGACUAAAGAUGUUCAUAAGUACCCACCUACAUAGGAAAAGAGGGUUUGGAAAUGCAAAAUACCAGUUGCCAACUGCUAUAUGCUGAUUGCGAGUUAAGACAUGCAAAAUGCUUAAUGCUAACUACCAUAUGUUAAUAACUAUUUGCUUAUUGCUCUUUUGUUCAUUUUAUUUGUCUAUUUGCAUUUACGGAAUGCCAUUUGCCAAAUUCUGUUUGUCAAUUGCUCUUUAAAUUUGCUAUUUGCAACUUACGAUUUGCCAAUUGCUUAUGUAUCAAUUGUUAUUUCUUGCCAAAUCGCUGUCAUUUCUAGAGAUAUGUUAUGACGAUUUGCAUUAUUUAGAUUAAAUGUGUUGUUUUCAUUUGUAAAGGAGUCUUGUUUACAUAUAUGAACAGACAUGACGAAAUUUUAAGUAGCAAAAAUGAACUAGAAUUUUCAAGUGUUGUCAGUGGACAUUGUACUCCUAGGAAUAAAUGUGUUCUUGUGUAUGACAAGUUUUUUGUGAGAGAUUCGCCUGUGGUUUUAUUGGUAUAUUCUGUUUUUAAAGUUAAAGCACUAAAGGGUCAGCCGUUCGAAUCGUAAGAGACAAAUUCAGUUGAGAAUAUUUUUACUUCCUAAACUUAAUCCUAAAAUACAACGUCAUUUCCGGCUUUGUAUUUCAUUUAAAGAUGUAGAAUAUUACUUGAAUUAUAUUAUUUUGAUAAAGGCCGUAAGGCCGAAUUGUUAAUGAAGUAAAAUAUAAACUAGAGUCUUUAGAAACUGAUUGCAAAUUUUUAAUAGGAUUAUUAUAACGAAUCUCAGUUAGAGGUAGCAUUCGACAUGCAAAUAGCAACUGCAAAUCGCAAGAAAAAAAUGGGCGAUUUAAAAGAAUAAAGCAAAUUACACAAAUGUGUUCUAUUAGUUUGUCAGUAUUUUCACAGUUUUUUAGUCUGUGUCACAAAAUGUAGUUAAAACUAAAGUAAACAUAUCUUAACCCAGCACACACAGGAAAUGGGCCUAAAGUAAAAUAACAGUAUGACUCCAGAUUCCUUUUGCUUUUUAUUCUUAAGUUAAAUUACUUAGGUAUUAUCUAGAGUAUAAGCAAAUCGGUUCCAAUGGUUUGCUGCCUUAAAGUUGGCCACCCGGACUUCGGUCAUGUAAUAUGUUUGUUCGGAACAAAACUGACCAUUUACACUUUUUAAUACUACUUAAAUAGUUUAAUAUUAAAUAUAAAAAAUCCAAACACUAUCAAUGGAAAUCUUAGAAAGGAGAAACCAAAAGAAAAGCAUGCUUUUUGAAUACUUCCGCAUCGAGAUAAAAAAAUCUGGUUCCUUAUAAUGGAUCAUUCUGUUCCUUGAAAAGAACUCGACCAGAAUAUUAGAAAAUGGAGAAAUAACGUAAAAUUGUUGCUUGAAGCGAUUUACCGCCUGCGAUUUUUCGCCUUCGAUGAUUCAUUGAAAUUAAGGGGGAGUAAUUAUGAAGUAAACAGACUUAACGUUCUGUUAUUAACUCCCCUUAAACACUCCUAUAGAUUUUUGGCAUGGAGCUACGGCAAUCCUAUUGUUUUCGGUGUAAUUUUGCAUCCCCGAAUGUAUUUUAGUAUAUUCAUUAUAAUAGGUGAAGCUGGGGAACAAGGAUGAAAUUAUUAAGACUCUGUCGAUUGUUCAACGCUAUCUCUUUAUCGUUCUUACAUUUACUGUUUAGGUGUUCGGGUGAAGCAUUUUUUUCAAUCUCAGAUAUUUCAAGAACAUCUUUAAAAUUAAUAUUUCCUUUUCAAAUUUCAAAUAUUUCCUUUUCAAAUUUCUCUUUGUUGGAAAUAAAUGGAUCCGUUAACUUAUUUGUCUAAUUCAUGACAGGGUGUUUUGUGGACAAUAUGAAUGCAAUAAGGUGUCACACUUCCCCAUUCCACCAACAUUUUCAAGUAUUUCCUCACAUUAAUUGAUUGUCAUCAUUAGAAUUUCCUCAUUCCUUUAAGUGUUUCUUGAUUUGAUUUUGAAGCACUUGUCAAAAUUGUUCUCUGUUGGAUGAGUGAUUUCACUUGAUAUGACCUAUCUUUUGAUCGGUAAAUAAAUUUAGAUCUUCUGCA